AGUUCGGUUUUUACUGUUGAAUUAUAAAGUACACCGUCAAUGGUGUGAUUUUUGUGAAUACGGUGUUUUCAAAAUUGUUUGAACAAGAAUUAUUCAAAAUGACUUUGACAAGCUGGAUUAUUCUUUUAAUACUGUUUAAAGUAGUUGUUGGUGACAAUGGCGAUGGCGACACGUGGGAGGAUAUGCAUAUGUUUUGUCCAAAUCAGUGUGUUUGUCAACGUUCUCCAUUCAUGGACUUAUCGGUGUCACGUUGGAUACAAGGGCUGCGUCGGGAAGAUGUUGAAAACAACCAAAAGGAGACCGAGCGCGCAUAUGGUGGCAUUUUUAAUGAUGCCUUUUUCGAGAAUGACGAAAGCCAUCUGAGGAAUCCCUAUGUGAAAUUCGUGAUGUGCAUGCUUCAAGGUGAUGUGAUUGCGAAGGAUUUAGUUGUUUCUUUGCCGCAAGAUAUGCAAGCACUAGUACUACUACACAAUGGCAAUGCAAAUCACAAUAUCACAGUCUCGUCAACCGAUUUGCUACAGUUUGAAGAUUUGGAGAUAUUGGAAAUUCGAAGUACGGGAUCUAGCCGUAGUUUGGAAUAUUUUAUUGACAAGCCAAUGCCAACGUUGAAACACGUGAAUUUCGAGUCAAUCAAAAUAAUUGCCGAUGAGAAGAUAAAAAAGAGUAUCAAACUUCAACAUCCGUCGGAAACAUAUGAUUAUACACCCGACGGUGAACGAUUAGCUUAUAAAAAAGAUGAAUCAAAUGAGGCUGACAUUGAGGAUGAAAUCGAGAUUGUUCCUUAUGAGGUGUAUAAAAUGGAGUUGACCAAAUCAAUGCAACCAAACUUUUUCGGCUGGCUCAAUGUGGAAGUGCUACGCAUUCACAACUGUCAUUUGGAUGAAGUUGAAUGGCAGACGUUUGCCAGUCUUGGGAGUCUGCAACAUUUAUCUUUGGAGCACAAUGAAAUCAAAGUGGUUCCACCGUUCGCAUUUUACGGUGCAUUACAUUUGAAAACACUAUCACUGGCUUGGAAUAAUAUUUUGGAUUUGCAUUACUUGGCCCUGGCUGGUUUACUUGACCUCGAGCAUUUGGAUUUAUCAUCGAAUAAUUUGACAAAAUUAUCUGAAUCAACGUUCCCUCCAUUUCCAAGCUUGAAGUCGAUCGACUUACAGAACAAUCCAAUCGAGUUCAUUUUGCCAAUGACGUUUGCGGUGUUAAACACCACAAAGGAACUGAUCAUAGGCUCCAAAUCGAUGGCCCUUAAUCUGGCCAAUACGAACGGUGCUUUUUUGUCUCUUGAUCAAUUAAAAACAUUGAACAUACUAAAUGUGAAAUCACCGAGUUUGCAUCAAACGAUUUUCAGUGGGUUGAAAGAAGUGGAACGAUUGCGAAUGAAAGGUCAGAUCGAAAGGAUCGAGAUGGAUGCCUUCUCUGAAAUGCCAAAAUUGAAAGAGCUCAUUCUUAGUGGUUGUGACAUUUCUGACAUUUCAAUGGAUGCAUUUUUUGGUAUAAAAGAUUUGCGUAUCAUUGAUUUAUCACAUAAUCAACUAUCACUGAUUCCAGCCGGCGUUUUCGAUGAACAGAAACAAUUGCAAGAGAUUUACUUACAUAACAAUCAUUUGGAAUAUUUGCCAAAAAGCUUUUUUGCAGUUAAAUCUCUAAAACUGGUUCGGUUGAUCGAUAAUCCUUGGGUUUGUUCAUGUGGUAUGGUUGACUGGGAGCAAGCAGUUACAAACAGCGUACGGCUGAAUAAAAAGACAUCGCGUAGAGAUCAAAACUGUAUUCGCAAUCCAAAAAACGGUCAAAUUGUAUAUUGUGAUGCAAAAUUCGAUGAUUUUCCACAGUAUUCCUAUGGGUUUGAUAGUAAAAUUACGCCAGUUUGUAACGAUUCUAGCUCAUCCAGUCCAGAGCCACAGAAUGUUUAUUAUGUUUUGCGUCACAGCAUCAAAUGUUCACAGCCAAUGAUUAAAUUAAAUAAGAACGAAUUGAAAAAACAACGGGAUCAGAACAAAUUAAUGGGUACGAUGGAAAAACUCACGCGAUCAGACAAGUUAAAUCAACAACAAACUUCAUGGUCGGCUCAGCAAUGGAGUAGUAAAAAGAAUCGAAAAAUGCAAUUCGAGAACAAGGCGAAGCGAACGAUGUCGCAAAAUACAGAAGUUAUUCACGAACAAGUUCAUUCAAAUAACAUCGCUUAUGAUUUAUAGUUUUAACUCCUAAUAGUAUAGGCAAUUUUUCACAUUCAACCCAAAAAAUGUACUAAUUGUACAGUUUAAAUAAAGUAUUGUUCCUUUACCAAA